GAGUGCCGAGACUGGAAGCCCCAGCCCUUCGGCCAGUCCUGUGAGUAGAAGUGGGAGCGGAGGCUUGGCCGACGUGCCAUGCCCCGUGUACCUGCGGCUGAUGGAGGGCUUGGUCGAAGAAGAGAUUGCUGGGCUGGGGGAGUGCUUGAGCAUGUGUGCCGGACGGAGCCGCACGUUGAAGCUCCUGGGCUUUCAGCAUUUGCAUUACGAUGCACGCUUGCAGGGCUUCCUGGAAACUCGGGCGAACACAGUGCUGCGACCAUUGAUCACGGAUGCCUUCCUACUCGCGCGGAGCUUUUUGGGCCUCCGGGAGGCAGCACGCCAAGGCGCUUUGUGGCGAAGGCUUGUCUCUCAUCAGCAAGAGAAGCGGCAAGCAGCGAAACAGUUGGCCAGAGUCGUGGAGGAGCACUGCCAGCAGCGGCGUGUGGUGAAGGAACAUGUCACCAGGCUGCUGAACAGCCAAACGGAAGAGUUCCUGAUUUUCAGCCUGUCCGAGUGGGCCCGAGUGGCUCAACGGGCAAUGUUUGAACGAUGCAUGAGCAGGUUGGAGCAGCUCUCUGAGGAGCAUGAGCUUCAACGCUCCGAGAAGGAGGCGCUGCGGGAGAAACAUGUCCGGGAGCGGCUCCAGAAAUACAGCUCCUUGUUGGGGCAGAUGCAGGGCACUUGCUUUGCGGCCUGGAAAGCCGCAGCGGAAGAUGGUCGGCUUCGAGAGCGACGGCAGCAGCGGUUGAAGAUGAGCUUCUUCAAUCAAACGACGGCGCUCUUGGAGUCGGUGGUGCAGACCUGGUUUCAAGUGGCCCGCGACCAUCGAAUAACUCGCCGGAGGCAAGAAAUGCUCCGGGAUAAGAAACUUCGGGAGGUGACGCGGAUCCUCCUCACUGGGAUGCUACAUGGAGCCGAGCUCUUCUGCAUCCUCGAGGCCUGGCAUCAAAUGGUGCAAGAGCGCCGUUCCGGCGAAGAGAAAAAGCUCAAAGCCCAGAAGGUCAUCUCUCAGUUGGCCUCAGAUCAGCUGGGAAUGGCCUUCACUGGUUGGUGCGCGGCUUGCAAGGCCCAGCGUGCUGCAGAGGCACAGCGUUUUCAGGCGGUGCAAAAGACUGUCCUUGUAGGACUGCAAGCCACAGUGGGCGUUGUAUGGGCUGCUUGGGCCAAAGGCUUGGCUAAGCGAAAACGGAAACAGCAACUUCUGCAGCACCUGUCCGCCUCCUCGGAGCAGAGCCUUCAACUGGCCUUCGGUGCCUGGUGGCGGCACUGCAACGUCUCGAAGGCACGACAUUCUCGCAGAAGCUCCGCGGCAGAGCGGGCUGUUUUGAAGAGCCUCAGGGGCAUCCUGUCGGAGAGCUUCACGGAGUGGAAAGACCUUACGCGCAGUGAAAGGCUUCACGUGCUUGGAGGCCAAUUGGCCCGAGCCAAAGGCAACGUGAAGGCCUUGAGCGCCUUGAAGCUGAAGACCGUUUUGCAGCAGGAGAGCGGCUGCAUGUGUAGGAUCCUGAUGUGCUGGCAGUUGUGGACCUCAGAACAGCUGGCCAUCCAAAAGGAGCGCCGCCGACUGGCGCGCACCGCUGGGCUGGGCCGCUCAUCAGCCAUCCGCUUGCAGUGCCGUUUGACGCAGCAGCGGGUGAUGUUGGCUUGGCUGAUGAUGAGCAAGCUCCGACCCACCGCAGAGAAGCCGGGCACCUUCAUCGUGAAGUCCUUGCCGGAACCACAGGCCCGCCUGGCCCUUCCGAGCCCAGUGCAAGUGGUCACGUCAGUGGAAGCCAUCGAUGAGCCGCCGCAGGCAGUGACCUUUGAGGUGGAACGUUCGCCCAAGGACUCUCCCGAGUCGGCAGCCGCAGCAGCUGCCUGGCUCCAGGCCUCAGAAGCACCGAGCCCCAGCAGGUUCCGGGUCACCACCAGCCCCACGCGGGCGAGUGAGCGAUAUACCCUGGCUUCGAAGGCCGCAACAAAUGAUGGAGAUUAUCGCCAGCUGCUGGAGCACCACCGGCGAGAGAUCCGCGAACAACGCGAGGCUGCAAGACGCAGCUCUCCCGAGAGGGUGCAGCAGUGGGGCGUGUGGGCCAAAUGA